AUGUCGUCUUCCAUUACUAGAUUGAUACGUAAUGUGUGGCGUAAUGGACUAAAACGUUCGGGACGUCAAAUUGCCCAGAUGAACGAUACCAAAUCGGGUACACUCGUUGGCAUUGAUGACUAUGGCAACAAAUACUAUGAGACCAAGAACCCGGAUGAAAUUCACAUGAGAACCAGAUGGGUUGAAUACAAAGACUUUUGGAGACCGGAUGCUUCCCAUGUACAGCCUGGCUGGCAUUUUUGGUUGGCUUACGGUACAGAUACUAGACCCAAUCAGUUGAAGCCAGAGCAGAUUGCAGAGAGACACGUUAAUGAAAUUGUGCAUCCAAUCAGUUUCUCUUGUACAAGAGGUUCCUACGUUCCAUAUAAUACUGCCAAGCCAAAGACUGCAACAUGGGAACCGAAUGUGAAGACAAGAGUCUGA